AUGGCCGAAGCGGAAAUUUAUACCGGGACAUCGGAUCCUGCUAGCAUGUCACCAGAUAAUGGCGCUAAUAAGAACGGUGCUGAGAACGAAGAAGGGGUACAAUCCUAUUGUAGUGGUGUAGACGAUCACUAUGAAGAAGAAGAAAAAUUUCCCACUGUUGGUCUACUUCCCAGAGUCAGAAUUCCUUUUGUUAACGUUCAUCGCUUCCUUUGCAACAACAAAAUGUUCAUUGGCGGCUUAAAUUGGGAAACUACUGAAGAGGGAUUACAAAAGUAUUUUUCUAAAUUUGGUACUAUCGUAAGCUCAACAAUUAAAAAUGAUCCAAUAACUCACCGUUCAAGGGGUUUCGCAUUCGUGACUUUCGCUAAUCCUGCUGACGUUGACAAGGUUCUCGAAAGUGGCCCACAUCAGUUGGAUAACAGAACUGUUGAUCCUAAACGUGCUUUACCUCUUCAUAAACAAAUACAACUUAAGGGGCAACAUAGAACUAAGAAGAUAUUUAUUGGUGGCUUAGGUGCUGAACAUACUGAAAGUAGCUUAAAAGAAUUUUUUAGCGAAUUUGGAAAUAUCUUGGAUGUUGAGUUUGUUACUGAUAAGCUUACAAGGAAACGUCGCGGUUUUUGCUUUUUAAGUUUUGAUACCGAAGAAGCUGUAGAUAAAGCUUGUGAAAAGCAAUUUCAUGUAGUCUCUGGGCGCCAGGUGGAAAUCAAACGUGCCACUCCAAAAGAUCAAGCAAGCCGCGGUAAAAGCGCUCAAUAUUCUGGUUAUCCUAAUGCCCAGUACCAACAAGCUUACCCUAAUUACUACCAAGGAUAUCCGUACGCUGCUUAUCCUAGUUAUACUACCACCGCUGCCUAUGUAGGCUACCAAGCUGCUUAUCCUGGAAAUUAUGGCUCUGCUGAUUUUCAAUACGACUCUAGCAGCCGUUAUGGCCCAGUCAGAGCCGCUGGAUAUACUGGAUCACAAGCAUCCGGUUAUCACCCUUACAGCCGAUAAGACCUACGGCAACGAAGUUUUUCUCCCGCUUUUUUUUUGGUUUAUUUCAUUUUGAGGCCUUUCAGGCUCUCGGACUGUCUUGCGGUAUCAUUUUUUUUUAUUUUGU